AUGAGUAAUUUACCAUUUGGAAAGAAGGUUAUUACUAAAGGCAUUUCAUUUAAGCAUGUAAAUGUAGAUAAUGGAACAAAACUUAUAUUUGUGGACACAGCUGGAACAUAUAGUCCUGUUAAAAUAGAAAAUGAAUUAUCAAUUGUAAACAUAGAAGCUACAGAAAAAUUUAUAUCAGAUCUUGUAUUCGAUUUGGCAGAUUACUUUUUAUGUUUUGUUAAUGAUUUUACAAGUCUUGAUUAAAGAUAUCUUGAUAGAUUGAGUCGUAAUCUAUAGUAAAGCACUAAUAAGAUAUUUAGAGAAAUUAUUGUAAUACAUAAUCUUAAAGAUAUUGAAUCUAAUGAAAUUUUAGAUGGAGUACAUAAGUAACAUAAAUAUAUGCAAAUGGAACUCUAUAAAAAACUAAAGUAGCUGCACUUAAUCUAAUAAAUAAAUAACUUUAGGAAAAGCAUGUUCUUUGGUUUAAGACUCCAUACACUAGACAUGUGUGUAUUGCGAAUGAUUAUUGUAAUUUAGGAAAGGAUCUAAAUCCUUGGGUAUUUUUACUUCUUAGAUAUUGGUUAAAGGCAGUUUUUAUCCUGUAAACAGAAGCUUUUCAGUUUUAGACUGUUUGUUAAUUUAAUCAAGAUAAAACUUUUUAAUUUUUUUUAGAAAGAAUAUUAAAAUUGACCUAAAAAAUACAGAUGAUCCUUUAAUCAAGGUAAUUAAAACAGAAAAUGAAUUGUAAGAUAAAAUUUAAAUUCCUAAAGGUUAAGUUGGUAUGAGCGGUCUAAUAACGGGAUAAUAAGAUUCUUUUUAGCCUGCUACAGAUAUUAUUGCAUCAAUAUAUAAUUUUGAUGGAUGCUC